CGCAAUCAAGGCAGCAGCAGAUGGACGGGGUGUGGUUGAUGAUUGCAAUUGCUGGCUGUCAAACAAUCGCAUCGCGGUUUGUUUUCCCACUUCCCACUCCAAUUGUGUUGGGGGCACUCUGUGACUGCUCCACGUCGCGUCCUUGACGGGCCAUCAGCUCGCGUCCGUGUCCAUUCUCGUCAGCGGACCAGGAACCGAUCGCUCCUCACUGGCCUCGGGCGUUUCUGGGUUGUGAGACACCCAGGGCCCGCUGCUGGCUCGAGGGGUUGGAUGCGAGCCCAGAACCAGCAAAAAGCCGGAGCCUUGGUUUGAUCUGCCAUAAUACAACCUACCCCAACCUCGGCGCCAUCGACGCUGCCAUCCAAACAAAAAGACGUCCCCUGGCUUGGGCCUGGGAAAAUAUAUUGCGAAAAAGGGCUUGCUUUACUACUUCAUCCGUCCUCCUUCCUGCUAUUAGGCAGUGGCCCGCCCCCCUCGUCUUCACCCAAGCAAGCACCACCCCAACAAGCAUCCUUCGGCGGCUCGUCUCCCGGGCACGGCAGCAACACACGCAAACAUAUCCAUCUAUCCGCUAUCUGAACCAAGCCGCUCGCUGUCGUCUGUGUCCCAGCUCUCCGGCUUCCCUCGCCUUUUGAUACCAAUCCGUGUUGGACAGAGGUUGGUCCCAGAAAAACAGGACAACGGCCGGCUGUACAACAUUGUGUCUGCCAACCCAGGAAAGGAAAAAGGCAAGCCACCUCGUGCCGUCGCGUGAGACCUGUCUCAGAAACUCUACCGAACGGCCAGGACACUCGCCGUCCCAAGCAGAGUACCAGGCGGGAUCUGUGUGUGACGCUGGGCCUCGGCUGGCGAACGAGCGAACGCACUUGGCCGCCCAAUCGUCCUACCUUCGCUUACAGCCCCCUCUGGGACCUCGCGGACUGGUCCGGCAAAGGGCACGUACGCCGUCGGCCCUGACUCCCCUCUUCCCGGCCUUGCACAGGUGGAGGGACGGACUGCACACCAGUGCUCGGCAAUCCGCACGAGAGACUAGGAAGACAAGCGCACGAUCCACUUUUACGCACGUCUCGGGCCCUUCUGUCCAUAUUCCCAGCAUCCCGGGUAGUAGGGACAGCGUAUCCGCCACGGCCUGCCCUACCCUGGACAGCUGGAGCGUCCAGGACACUAAAUCUUGACGAAUGUGCGUUUUCAUCCGAGGUGGACUUGGUCUCGCUUGACGACGGACCUGCUUUGUAGUCCUGGGGGCCUCGCCACUUCAACUCUUCGAGCCAGCUUUGGAGAUCGAAUGAGACGGACCUGUGCCAGGGCUGCUCCAUAACCGACACCGAUAGUGGCAGCAGCCACCAUCCCACAAUCCCACAAUGGAGCAGACAUUCAUGACAAUUCAGAAUCUUACACCGGAUGCCAAUGUCCUGUUCGUUUCCGAGUCCAUCGUGGACAUACUGGGAUACCAGCCCCAGGAGGUGUUCGGAAGGUCAUGCUUUGAUUUCUUCCACCCGGACGAGAUACCCUUUGCGCGCUCUGUCCAUAGCCGUGGCAUUCUGCUCGACAAGGCUGCGGUUCUCCAUUACGCACGACUGAGGGGCCGUGACGGCCAGUGGGUCAGCUGCGAGUGCUGCUUUACAGUCGUCCACGAUGUCCUGGUGGCUUGCACCAGCAUCUACCGUCGCGGUGUUAAAAGCGAGAGGAGGGCACUUGAGGCACCUCAGAUUCGACGGAUUUUCUCGUGCUCGCCGAGGGAUCCACGAUAUCAUAUGCUGGAGCACUUGUCGCCCAAGUUCCGCAUGCCAGCCAUGGAGCGAGAACCGAGGGCGGCGCUCAUCCUGAAUCGUUUCACACGCAGUCUCAACAUCAUGUAUGCCACAAACGCCGUCUCGACCAUCCUGGGCAUAGCGCCUGACGAUAUCAAGAACACGAGCUUUUACGACUGCAUUCAGGAGAACUGCCUGCCCGACGCAGUCCGGUGUCUCGAGAGUGCCAAAGCCAACGACUCAAUUGCCUAUCUGCGCUUCUGGUUUCGGGACCCGAGGGUUGGGGAUGACAUGAUGGAUGAUGACCAAGACGAAGAGGACGACGAGGACGAUGAUAGCGAUUCCGAAAACGGAGGGGUCCAACUCUCCUCAGAGAUGGAUAUCGACUCAGAUGGCCGCAGUCCCGCUGGUGGGUCGCGAGAAGUCGCGCAGCCACCGGCUCCGGCAGGGAGGGCCCCGGCUGGCGGCCAGGGGGGACGGAGGAGACAGCUGGGCGAUGGCAUCGAGCUCGAGGCCGUUGUGUCGUGUACCUCGGAUGGCCUGGUCGUUGUGCUGCGCAAGGCCCGCCCUCCGAUCCCGACACCACACCCUCCGCAGGUGCCGCACGUCUCUCACAACCUUGCACAGGAUAGCGGCAUGUUCGCUGCGCCCUGGGGCCGUGAGGUCAUACGCCCACAGCCACAUGCAGACCUGCCACCGGAGCUGCUCUACAUCUUCAGGCCACCCCUCAUGCCGCAGUACAUGCCGCUCCGCGACAGCGUCAAGGAGGCGAGUGGGCCCUCGAUUGACCAGUUCAUGGGGUCGAUAAGGGACGUUGCCGUGUUUGCCUGGGCGCUUGUGGGGAUCAAUGGCAACUUCGCCUCAUACGGCCGGGGCGUUCCGUCUGGCGAGUCCCAACCGCCAGACGGCUUUCCGGUAUGGGACCCGAAGGCCGGCGACAUGCCAUACCUCGGCCCUGAAAACCAGGCGGCGCUGAAGUGGGCUCGGCUCGGCAAGGUCCCCGAGGAUGGCAGACCGCACCCAGACAUGGCGGCUGCUGCCGCCGCUGCGGCUUUCGGAUCCUCGUCCUCGUCGCAGGGCGGCGUAUCGUCAUCGGGGGCUUAUAGCACGGGAGGGUCGAUGGGGCACGCUACCGAGGUGGGCCAUCCGCAGCACGGCUACGGACAACCGACAGGAACAUGGCAGCAGCACCAGCAAUACCCGCCUCCGCAACAGACAGACUACCAGCAGCAGCGGCAAUACACGCCACCACACGUUGAGCCUCAACACGGGUACGGGAGCUGGCAGCCAGAGGCCGACGGCCUGCCUCGAGACGCUCCGUGGCGGCAGGCGGACAGUGCCCACAACCCGGCGAGCGGCGUUCCGACGACGCAGGCUGGGAGUGGCUCUGGCCAUCCCAGCCAGCGUUUCGAGUGGCAAUGAAUGGAUGGAUAAUGAUGGGCGCGUAUUGAACUUUGGAUUUUGUCGACGUUGCAAUAGAAAACGAUACCCACUUGGCUGAUGUUUGUUUGUUUGUUUGUUUGUUUGUU